AUGUCAACAGCCAUCGACCUCCGCGGCCUCACCCCGGCCCCGGUCACCCCCUUCACCCCCGACGGCUCCAUCGACUACCCCGCCAUCCAGCGCCUCGGGUCCUGGCUCAGCAGCAUCCGCGGGGUAACCGGUCUCGUCGUCCUCGGGCACGCGGGCGAAGGCACCUUCCUGACGGCGGACGAGCAGGUCUCGGUCAUCAAAGCCUUCGUCGCCUCCGUCGCCACCAACCCCAUCCCCAUCAUCGCCGGCAUCACCGGCGAGGGCACCGCCGUCGCCGCGCUCGAGGCCGCCCGCGCGAAGGCCGCCGGCGCCGCCGCAGGCCUGCUCUACCCGAGCCACGGCUGGCUGCGCUUCGGCUACCAGCCGGGCGCGCCGCAGGACCGGUACAGGACGGUGUUUGAGAAGAGCGGGUUGCCGCUGAUCCUGUUCCAGUACCCGGACAACACGAAGGCGACGUACAGCCUGCAGACGCUGCUGGACAUCGCGGCGCUGCCCGGCGUGUUUGCGAUCAAGAACGGCGUGCGGAACAUGCGCAGGUGGGACACGGAGAUUCCGGUUCUGCGCCGCGAGAGGCCCGGGCUGCAGGUCCUCACGUGCCAUGAUGAGUAUUUGCUGCACACGGCGUUCGAUGUGGAUGGGAUGCUCGUCGGGUAUGGGACCAUUGCGCCGGAGCCGCUGGUGGAGUUCAUCGAGGCGGGGAAGGCGAAGGACUACAAGAAGGCGAGGGCGAUUCAUGAUCGGUUGCUGCAGUUGACGAAGUGCGUGUAUCACCGGGCGAGCCAUAUGGAGGGAACGGUGGCGUUGAAGCAUGCGCUGGUUGCGAGGGGCAUCUUGGAACAUGCGACCGUGAGAUCGCCGUUGCUGCCAUUGGUGUCGGGAGCGGACAAAGAAAUUCAUGAUGCUGUUGCAUCGGCUUCGCUAAGCCGCGUUGCUUGA